UUGCGGCGGCGGUGCGCGCCUUGAUCAGUUGCUCUCGAGUAAAAUGGCCUCGUCCUUCUGGAAAGGUGUUGUUGGUGUAGGCCUUUUCGCCCUGGCACACGCAGCGUUUUCAGCGGCACAGCACCGAUCGUACAUGAGACUGACAGAAAAAGAAAAUGAAACAUUACCUAUAGAUAUAGUGUUACAGACAUUGUUGUCAUUUGUGGUCACGUGUUACGGAAUAGUGCACAUCUCAGGCGAGUUCAAAGACAUGGACGCUUCCUCAGAGCUCAAAAACAAGACAUUUGACACAUUGAGAAAUCACCCAUCUUUCUACAUGUUCAGUCAUCGAGGAAGAGUACUCUUCCGUGCUCCAGAGCAAGAAGCCACUCCAAGCGCCCAGGCCUUGCACUCCAAUCCCCUGCGGUUACGCAAGCUGGAAAAUUUUCACUGAGACUGGCCUUCAGUGAGCUGCCUUGCCUGUUUGGUUUUUUUUGUUGUUUUUUUUUCUUAGAUUUAUUUGUUAGCUCCUCGGUUGGAAUGGGAAAAUAAGCAUAUUUUCCUGUCUUUAGGUAUAUGUGAAUAUGCUGUACAAACAUACAUUUCUUGUGGUUACUAUUAUGUCAAUGGACUGUGCCAACUCCUUUUCCAGCUGAUAUGUUUGUAAAUACUUAUUGCUUCAGAGUCUUAAGUCUGUAGGUUACACCUAUAGCCCUCCAACGGGCUCACAGAAAGGGGGUUUCAUCCUUCAGUUGAACAAAAGGCACAAAUCCUAUCAUGUACAAUGAUGGUUUUUGCCUCAAUUUUGGCUGCGCAGCUGACCCUAACUGCAACAGGUUCUUCCCUUCACCCUUGCGAAUUAAGGUUAAUACUAUGGACCAUACAUUGUGUACAGUACCUGACUACUCAACUGCAAAAUUGAGCGUUAUGCAAAUAAUCUUGAAACUAAUUCAAAUUAUUAAAACAUCUGAACAUGG